UUAGCACUCUGGACUCUGAAUCCAGCGAUCCGAGUUCAAAUCUCGGUGGAACCUGUCUUUAGCAUUUUGUACCUUCUCCUUACAGGAAGAGGCUGUCUAUGUGAUUUUUUUAAACGUAGCAUCAAAGUAAAGAUUUAACAGAAUCCGGAGGCGUUGCUUUUGUUUUGAAGCAGUUACUGUGACGUUACAUGAGUUAACUAGCGAACCGCUAAUCACACCGACGUCAGUCCAACAUGGCGGCCCACAUAGCACGGCGUUGUUAUUUACUAUGUCGCCGGGCUGGAGAAAAUGUGGUUCCACAGCAUGAACAGCUAAGGAAUGUUGUCAUAAGACAAAUUAACACCAAUUGGCAGCAGAACCUGGGCUACGGGACGCGAGGGACAGACUCCACGGAGGACGUCCGAGUGCACAUUCCAGUGGACCGCCUGAUGGUAACUUACAGCAGAAGCAGCGGGCCGGGUGGUCAACAUGUCAACAAAGUCAGCACAAAAGCAGAGGUCCGAUUCCACGUGCUUACAGCCGACUGGAUCCCUGAAGAUGUUCGACGGAACGUCUUUGAAAAGAACAAAAACCGCAUCAACAAAGCCGGGGAGCUUCUGGUGACCUCGGAGCUGAGCAGGAGUCAGCAGAGAAACCUUGCUGAUUGUAUCCACAAGAUUUCUGCCAUUCUCGCCGAGGCCAGCCAGAAGCCCUGUGAGCCAACAGCAGAGGAUGUGGCUCUAAGGGCAGCCAGGUUAGAAAAGGGGAACCGGGAGCGACUCCAACAGAAGAAGAUCAAUUCAGCUCUCAAGAAGAGCAGACGAGUGGACUUUGACUGAUUGACUGUCACGUUUCUACCUCCAAUGAGUUUUCCUGUCAAUAGUUACAGAUCAUUUUUAUGUCCAGUGUAAAUUAUUUAGUCUUCAAAUUCUUGUCCAGUAAGAAGCACGUAGAAACAUUUUUCUUUUAAAUACCAUAAAUAGACAAAACAGUAAUAAAUGAUUCUGUUACUGUUACAUGGUGUUAACACAUCAGAUUGUUUGCGUUGCACAGAAAUGUUGGUUGUAUUGCCACUGUAAACCUGUUUUUUAUGCUCAAGUGCCUGCUUUAUUCCAACAGAGAGGUAAUUUACCUACAAGAAUAGUUGGACAUGUGCUUAUUAAAUGUAGACAUCAAAAUAAACAAUGAAUACAAAGCGAGUGGACAUAAAUGAACGCAUUUGUAUUUUAACUCUUUUAUCAAAUAGGGUU